AUGAAAAGCCUAAAAGAAAAAAUACUUAAAUAUGCUAAUUGGCUCUGUCUAGGGAGUAGGACGAAAGAUGAUAAAGGUAAAAACCGGGAAGAAGAUGGGGAACUGCCAAAUAACCAAACAAUAAAUCCCUCGAUUCCCCCACAAGAAAACGACCGAAAAACAGGCAAAAAAACAAUCAAUUAUUGUGCAAAUGACCCUAAUUUUAACAUGGAUUUAUGCCCUUGUUGUCAGAUGAAUCCAAAGAAUGACACAAACAACGAUGAUUUAACACUACCGCUAAGAUUAUAUUGUGCUUACUCAAAUACAAUAUGCGAAAUUAGUCAAUUGUGUGAAUAUGAUUUAUCCAACCCCGACUCUGAACAACAAGUUAUAGAACUUAAAAACUGUAAGAUAAUUGUUGCUUCAGAAAGAAUUCGUAAAAAUGCACAACAUCAAAAUUCUGUAAAAGAAAUGCACCGAGAGGUGCCAAUGAUGGCAACUUAUUACAAGAAUGCUAAAGAUUGUUUAGUAAUGUUAGAAGAAGACACUGAUGUCACGUCUAUUAUAGAGAAAAUUGAUUUAAUAUGUGAUGAUAUCAAUAAGGAUAAAAAACCCGCUAGAGAAAAAGUCGAGGAACUAUCGUUAAAUACUGCAGAAUUACUAAAUAACUCUAAGUUUGCUUGGGAUCCCUGGUUUGAGAGGAUAUGA